AUGUCUCAUUCAAUUCUCAUCCCACGCCCAAUCUUGAAGGCCAUACUCACAGAACUCGAUAUGUGUCACUACAUAUUUGGCCCGAUCGCCCAAAAUGACAUCCUGCCAUCCGACUGGUUUCGUGCUCUCCUCAUUCACCAACCCAACGAUACGGACAAUAUUCGCCUUGAAGAUGAUGAUGUCAGGAAGCUGGUCAUCAGAAGCAUCACCGCGCUAAGAGGGUUGUUUUUACGAUUACGCGAAAGAUCGGACGAGCAUCUUACUGCACUUCGACUUUUGCAUGUCGAAAGAGGCAGGUUCGACAGCUUGCUUGCAAAGAAUAGGCAACGGGAUAGCACCAGACUAGUACGCCUCGCCACGAGCAACGAUAGGAUGGAACGGAUAUCAGCCGAUAUAGAACUACUGAACAUGGACCCCCGCAGCAUGGGUUCUCAGGAGCUUCAUGGAGAUUGGCUUGGGUGCGAAGGUCCAUCAAGCAGCAACGAUGACCAGGUUGGGUAUUCCGGUCACAGCAGAGCCGAGCUGGACGCAGUCGGAAUAGAGGGUGUCAUUAUUGAUGAGGAUCUCCCAUGA